AAGCAGUAUCUCUGCAUCGAGGUGAUGUCCGGUCUCUAUCAGAGCCCUGGGAUAGACGAUGGAGCAGCAAACGAAAACACCAGUACCUAGGAAAAUUUGCCUUUUGUUAAACCAAGGUCUGUUCCAAAUGCAAAAGGAAGCUUUGGCCAGGAGGAUUUCUGCAUUUCCCUACAGAGGAGGUGUUCUGCAGCGAUGAGCAAUGUCCCUUCCUACCAGCAUUCCUGAUCUGGACUUGUGGGCAAAGGGCCAGCACACACCAGAAUGUGGAGGAAGGAAGAACUGAAAGCUGGAUCUGAGUAUGAUCUCUCCUGCCAGGCUCAUUGAGCAUGUUAAGAACAGAACAGCAUUUCAGGGCCGUGGGAGUCUUUCUGUGGAGGUGUCAAGACUACUUCAGGAGAGGCCCCCAUUGCCUGACAGCAUACUAGAUCCUUCAGAUGAUGAAGCUAUUGAAAAAGCAAGUGAACACAGGACAGCAGCUUGUCAAGAUUCAGAUUCCAAACCUGCUGUGAAAAAGAAAAGAAAGCAGCCUACAGAAUGUUUUUUAAGUGGGCCUGAAGAAAAGCAAGAGAGCACUGUCAAGGCAAAGAGGAGGAAGAAGAAGAAGAUUUCUGAUGUUCUGCAAAAAUCUGCUCCAAAACCUGGUGUCCCUGCAGAUCUACAAAAUCUGCUUAAUCAACAUUUUGGUGAAAACCGUUCCGUGAUUGAAAUAGAGGAAUUACAGCUGUCAGAUUCCUGUUUUUUGCCAGCCAAUGAUCUUACCCACAGUUUUUCUUCAUACCUGAAGGAAAUCUGCCCGAAGUGGGCGAAGCUCCGGAGGAACCACAAGGAGAAGAAGUCGGUGGUGAUGCUGGUUCUUUGCAGUUCUGCCCUUCGCUCCUUGGAGCUCAUCAAGUCAAUGACAGCCUUUAAAGGAGAUUGCAGAGUCCUCAAGUUGUUUGCAAAGCACAUAAAGAUAAAGGAACAAAUGAAUAUGUUGGAGAAAGGCGUGUUCCACAUUGGGGUUGGAACUCCUGGGAGAGUAAAGGCACUAGUAGAACAAGAUGCCCUGUGCUUAAACUCCACAAAAUAUAUGAUUCUGGAUUGGAACUGGAGAGAUCAGAAACUAAGGAGAAUGAUGGACAUCCCUGAGAUAAAGAAAGAAACAAUUGACCUACUGGAGAAGAGUAUUAUAAAGCUGUGCAGAGAUGGAUCUGUGAAGCUGGGACUCUUUUAAUGAGUUUACCGACAAGGAAGUAAUUUGCAGCUGCAUUUUGCUAUUAUCCGGCCUGCCAUUGAAUUUUGACUUUUCAGAGGUCUCUAUACAGAAGGCACAUUGCAACUUUUUCUGAGUUUUCUUUUAAUAAAAAGCCAGAAGUUUUGUUUGUAGUUCUAGUAUUAUUUUUAUUGCAGGAACAAUGUCACACUGAAGUCAGAGUUGCACUGCUUUCACCUGCUAGAUUUACUACUGUCUGUCACUAGUGAGACUUUGAAGAUGAGUAAACAUGGGUGUGAAAGUCUUUGCACAGCUCGGUUUUCUGUUCCCUCCCUGUGCUGCCCCAAGUGAGACACGUCCUUCUCUUGUGAGAGUGGUAAUCUAGUUCUUGCCCUUGGGGGUCUUUGAAAAAGUUGUAUGAAUUUCAGUAACAUGUUAAGAAGGUAUUUUUCACCUAUCUGUUCUAGAGCUGGCCAAAUGCUACUUUUUGCUUUUGCAUGAUAAAUUAUCUGUAUAUUAUACUGAGGUUUUAGUUUGGUCAAACUGUUGAAGUGUGCAAGAAACAUUCUUAUGUUUGGCCUUUUAAAUUAAAAUGAGGUGAUCUCUG